AUGGCAGCAGCAGCCCUUCUCCCGCCGCUGCUCCCUACGCCGCCGAGGAGCGAGAUGCUGCCGAUCCUCCCGACGCCGCCCAAGAGCGAGAUGCUGCCGCUGUUGCCGACGCCGCACGGUCUCAUCCUCACCAUGCUGGUGUCCGCCAUGCCAGGCCGCGCCGACUUCGUCAACAGGUGGGACUGGAACAAGAAGUGCCAAAAGCCAUGCAGCUCAAUCUGCUCCUCGUCUUCGUCGUCAGAGGGCCGCAGGAGCACUGAUCGUGCCGGCUCCGUCGAGAGGUGGGAUACGGACAAGAAAUACAAGAAGCCCCGCACCACCAUGUCCUCAUCGUCAUACAGCGCCGGGAGCCCCGGACGCGCCGACUCCGUCGGACGCUGGGACAGCAAGAAACUCGCGACCUCGUGCAGCACGUCCCCGCCCACGGAUCGCGGCCGCCAUGACAGCAACAACAAGCGCCUGCCUAGCCCUAUCCGCUCGUCCUCGGCGGAGCGCUGGGACUUACACAAGAAGCCUCGCCCGGAGCAGAUGGAGAAGCUGCCUGGGACUAAAGCGGCAGCGACGACGCCGGCGGAAGCAACGACACCGCAGAAGGCCAUGUUUGCGGGGCCCACCUUCCACGCCUCGCCGGAUCCGAGCAUGCUCCCCAUGCCCUCCUUCUUUCUGCUGGCACGUUCGCGUGCACUCUGUACUAGUAAUUAA